AUGACCAGAGAACAAUUAAAGAAGACAUUAACUAUUAUGAAAAAUCAAUGUAUGUCGAAACAUAGUGUUACGAAUGAGAAAGUCGGUAAAAUAGAACAAGGUGUAUUUAUACCAGAACACAACGUUAUGUGUUAUAUAGCUUGUGUUUAUAAAUUAACUCAAGUGGUAAAGAACGAUAGAUUAAACAAAGAGUCGAUUACUAAACAAAUAGACAUUUUGUAUCCUCAAGAGCUCAAAGAGUCUGUAAAAAGAAACGUUGUUAAUUGCGUGGAAAUUCAAUACAAAUACGACGAUCCUUGCGAGGGCAUAUUCUACUCUACAAAAUGUCUGUAUGAAGCUGAUCCACCGAAUUUUAUAUUUCCAUGA